AUGGUGACUAAUUACAUUGAAGAGGUCUUCAUAUCUUACCCGUCUCAAAACAGCGCCACUGGCUACCACGCUUCAGCCCAGACGGAGAGGAUCUCGUCCACGACCUGGAAGUCAGAUGUGACAAUCACUGCUGAAGACAGCAAACAGGAAAUUUUUAUUAAGGGUCUAGAUUUAGUUCAACUUCCUCCGAGCGACAGUGACUCGUCGGAGGUCGACUCGUUCUACGUGGUGAAAUGGAAACCAGAUAUUCACUUUGUUACAUCAGCGGAUGCUCUAUGGGAGUCCGCUCCUGUCGAGAUAGAUCAGAGAGUCCCAAGUCAUGAUGAUCACGAGGGAUUCCAAAUCGCCUCGGCAGUAUUCUUGCUUGAUACAAAGGAUUAUUCUCAAAGAGAAGAACUCCCAUCUCUCCCACCCCAUCAUCAAGCCUUCAUAAGAUGGAUGCAACAUCAGUGUGGGUCAAUCACAGAAUCAUCAGUCCCGUUCAUUGACACAGCUGUGGUGGAGGCAAUUCGGGAGAGUCCAGACCGACGCAGGGGUUUGUUUGACCGAGUAGCCAGCCAAAGCGCGCGAGGGGAGCUCUUGGUGCGAGUUGGUACCCGUAUGGUUUCUAUCCUUGAACAAAAGGUCGACUGCCUGGAGGUGAUGUUUGGCCAGGACGACCUCAUGGAUCGAACGUACGAGGAAGGGCUUCCUGGGCAGAUCGCUUCUGCGGUCGCUGGCUACGUGCAUUGCCUCGCCCAUAGUCGCACGGAUCUCGAAGUCCUCGAGGUCGGCGCCGGUACUGGUAGUGCGACGAAGGUUAUUUUAGACAGCUUAAAGCCUAUGGCUCGACUUGAUGGAGGACGUCUUGUUUCAUCUGUUUCUACCUAUCAUUUUACUGAUAUAUCAGGGGCGUUUUUCGAGAAUGCGACGCAGCGAUUCCCUGACUGGACGGACAUUUUGCGCCCGGAGGUCCUGAACAUUGAGAAAGAUCCAGUCGAACAAGGGUUUGAGCUGGGGUCUUAUGAUUUGGUUAUCGCGACACAUGUUCUUCACGCAACGGCGGAUCUCAGUAUUUGCUUAAAUAAUGUAGAGAAACUGCUCAAAGAGUAA